UCUCACUCUAGAAUACAAAAGCCUGGCACAAUUCGCUUUGUACUUGAAUAUUUAAGUGGAAAGUGAAAUAAAACUAGUCGCGUGGAGUGAGCCGGUUUGGCAGAGCUCGAGCAGCACAACGCGAGUUGAAGAUUGGGACAACAACAAAAGUAAAAGCAACCUGGACCUUUGAGCUAACUUAAAUGCAUUUGACAAAGAGCAGGUGAGAAGUCCAUGUUUGCCUCGUCGCUUGGUGAUGGAAGGACUGGCUGGUGGUGUUAGUUUGUGUGCUGUUCUCAAGGCAACAGUCUGAAGUUCAUGCAUUCACAUGAAGAGCGCUGCUUUUGCCCUGGAAGACAGUGAUAAUGUUCAAGGUCAUGUUAAAUCACCUUGAUGACCCUUGAGUGGACAUUACGCAGGCUGUUCAUAAAACAUUCAUAAAUGGUCAGCUGCUAGAGAUGACAUCAAUAUCAAUGUUGAGCUGCAGGUGGUAUAGGAGCUCAAGGUGGAAUAAAGGAGAGCGAUAAAGAGCCAGGUAAUGGAGCGGAGUAGAGGUGGUAACACCGCAGGGGUUCUGGUGUGGACACCAGCCCCAGCAUACUUCUCUCCCUCAAGCCCAGAUGGGUCGGACUUCAGCUGGGAUGAAGAACCAGAUGAGGACUUUCAAAGCCAGAUGGAUGAGAAUGGCAUCAUUGGUCUGGCAGAGAGUCAAGGGCAGCAGGAGGAACGAGAGGAGGAGAUUGCAGAAGACCUGUUGUGGGAUGUGAAGACCCCUGAGCCUGAGCAUGGGCCACCACCUGCACUAGAGGAGAUAAGCUGUCACCUGAGUGAGCUGCUGGACUCUGAGCCGCUCUCUCAGGCCACUGGAGAUGACUGCCGCUCUCCAUCUCUGCAGGAAGAACACAAAACAAAAGAUGACCGAAGUGUUUUGUUGGAAGAUUGGACUGAAGAUGAGGACAGUACAGGGAGUCCAACAAUCCACAGUCACAAAUUAAACUCUUUCCCGCAGAGAGAGACGGUGCUAGACAUGACUGAUGAGGAAACAGAAGAGAAAGAAACGUGUGAAGAUGCUCAGAGAUUCAUGGAUCAAACAUUUCCGGUCACAGAAGAGAUGGCAUCUAUGUUUGAAAGGGUGAAGAGCUGUGAUUACAGUGAGAUCUCUGAAAAUAUUCAAAUUUCAGGAAUCCCAGAGCAUUCUGAGCAAAGUGAUUCUGAGGAACUUGAGGAAACCAAUGGGCAAUUUCUGCCAGUCUCGCAUCGUAUCUCACGAAACGCUUCUAAUCCCAUCAGUUUUCCCCAUUUGUCCUCAGAGGAACUGAUGAAUAACUGUGGAAUUGAAGCUGAGAUUUUUCCAGAGGCAGACAUUAGGGCAGAGUCGUCUCUUAGAACCCCUAAAACAUACCACACGGUUAGAUCAAAAGGGGAGGAGAUUAAACACAAGAUUACACCUCAAACUUCAGCCAGAAGCCCUGUAAUAAAAAUCAGACUUGGAAAAACACACCAAGAUGGUAUGAGUGGAGAAAAAGUAGGGCUACACUGUCCUAAUCACAAUCUGCAGCCUCCAACGCCCUCUCCCAGAAAAACAAACCCAGCUUCCUGUGACGAUCAGGUUUCCAUUCCAGCGCAGUGCAUUUCUAAAGCAAGCGUCUCCCCCUCAGAGCGUUCGCCACCUCCUACACCUCACCGGUCUUCAGCAAUAAAGAACCACAAAACCUCUCACACUGAUCCAGAUGACGUCAGGAAAGGACAGCUGAGUCACCCUUUACCUGAUUUCUCCAAAGUGGAGCCGAGGGUACGCUUCCCGAAAAAGAGUGGAUACAAACCUCCUAAAAGCCGUCAACCUCCUCAUGAUAGAACAUCACACCCGGAUCUUCCUGUAGUGUUCAAGUCCCCUGCUGAGAUUGUGAGAGAGGUCCUUUUGAGCAGCUCUGAUAGGUCUCCAGGAAGCCCCUCCAUCAGUGGGGCCCACAAGCGUCUGCACAGCACAGUACCAGAGGAGUUCCGCUGCCCCCAGCAGGCCAGCACACUGAUGCAGCAGCUGCAGGAGGACUAUAACAGGCUGCUUACCAAGUAUGCAGAAGCUGAAAAUACUAUCGAUCGACUUCGCCUUGAAGCAAAGGUUGGUCUCUGUUCUGAACCCCCAAAACCCAGUACAGCUAUCCUGUCAGGUGUUAUUCAGGAAGCGUCAAAGGUCAUAACGCUCAGUUUUCCUCAAGCGCAGAGGGCAGAGUUCGGCGCAGGCUCUGCUCACCUGUUCCAGCAGAGGGAUCACUCGGAAAACUGCAGAAAAACACCAACUCGUCCUUCCUCUGUGAACUCGGUCAGCUCGAGGAGGUCUGGAUCUCUCACUGCAAACCACCUAACAGAGACUCUGACCAAACAAACUCAAAGAUUUCAGCUACAGGUUGAUGCUUUUGAGGCACUUCUAAAGAAUGGGAAGCUCAAGUCCUGUGAACAGAUAAAGGGUCUCUCCACACUGGCACAGGGGCAGGAGUCUCUUGAACAUGCUUACCUAGAUGCACGAGCCCAGUAUCAGAUGCAGCAGCAGCAGAGAAAAGGCAAGCAUGUCACCUUUGACCCAGACAGGGACCUAGAAGGUCAGAUCUUCAGGUCAGGGAUGCGAUUGGAGGAGCUGAAGGAGUGGCUGGACCAAGCAGAACAGAACAAACCCAUUUCUGAACCUACUUUAAACCCUCCUACAGAUGUGCUCUGUGUGUCCAUGCUGGAGACCGAACCUCUGCCUGAGAGCCCACUGUCUGCUGUCCAUCCUGAGGCUUGUGUUGGUGUGGAGGUUAGUUCAGUUAGCGGAGAGAGUGAUGCAGACGGAGAGGAGGAAGAAGAGAUCCUCCCAUUUCUUCUUCAUCCCAUCCAUGUCAAACACCAGCGAGUAGAGAGAGACUUCAGUAAGCUCGUGGACUGCUAUCAGAGUUUUAAAGAGCUGCCUGGGAUGCUGGACCCAACUGUGACUUUAAAGAGCCAUGACUUGCUUUAUUUUGGAGACUCUGCUUCUCUUGGGAAUACAAGUGUAACGGACAGACAACAACACAGGAUUUUUAAUGAGAAAAAGACGACGACAUCUGCUCAGCAGCAGGCAGCAGCAGAUUGUGUCCCUCCCUCCGGCCCAUCUGUCAGGUCACAGGUGUGUGACUCUAUGGAAACUCACCUAGAGGCUCUUUGCCACUCCUCGGUGUUGCCAGGGCAACCGGGCAGGGAAAGGAAAAUAGCAGGAAACAGGAAAACUCAAAGCAGUAGCCUGACCAGCCUGGCAGAGAGCACAGAACCCAGAACUAUGGGUUUAAAAGCAAAGGCUAAGACUGUCAGAGCAUCUCCUCUGGAUUGGGUUAAGUCUCCAGAGACAGACAGUGGCUUUAUGGGCUCUGAGAGUCAGCUCACUCCUGCAGUACACAGUCCUCUCCAGCAGAGGGCAGUGGCGAGUUCCAUCGGGCCGUCUGGCCCGCGUGUGAACACAGAAAGACCAGAGUCUGCUCCUCCUGCUAGACAGCCUUUUGCCAUCUCCCCCACUCAAUCACAACCCUCUCCAAAUACCCAAGGAGAACACCUCACCAAGUCUGAAGGAUGCAUGGGUCCUGUGAGGAGGAGAAGAGGGGAGGAAAUGUGUUCUUCUUCCAGCCUUACUCCCUCAUUAUCCCCCAUUCAUUGGCCCAAUAGCACCCUCCUGCCCUGGCCGAGCAGCCUGACCAGCCAAUCAGAGCAUGGGAGUGAUCAGGUCCGUUUCUUAUCAGGGGAUGAGAAAUCACAGGAUGGCCAGUACCCACAACCAGCCAAUCAGCAGCUCCGCUCUCACAGAAGCCCUUCCCUCCAUGUGCCUAAUCACCACGGUGACCACCUCAAAGCCCAAAGUUCCAUUCAGCUAACAAAUCAGCAAGAGGCUCUUCGAUCUCUACAGCAAGAAGUGAACCGAUUGAAAGAGAGACUAGAGGGAAAUCUGAGACUCUCCAAACCUACCAGUCCUGUCAGAGUGCCCUCUUCUGCCACAGAAGAUACCAGGGAUCAGGCUUCCCCACAGACCACAAGGUCUUCAGACAGGAGAAGGCAGCAGAAAGAGAGAGGGAGGAAUGGAGAACAAGAGAGAGGAAACUCGCCAAGAUCCGCAUCUUUACCUCGACAUCGGCCUCAAACUGAUCCAACGACUAAUUCGGAGCUUGUCCAAUCUGAGCCACGACCAUCAACUUUAAGACAUGUCCUGAUGUCCCCUAUGACAUCACGAGGAAGAGGACAAACCAGAGGAUUUGGAAGUCACAAAGAGGACAGUACAUCAGGCAGAUCUGACAAUAGAGAUGAAACCGAAUCAAGCCGAGGACCAGAACCUGCCUGCCCACAUUGCAUGUCAGACCGCACUGGUUCCUUGACACGUCCAGUGAGGAGUAGGAGCUCUUCACAUCUCUCACAGCCUUCCUGCAGCCAUUGCCCAUUGUGUGGUGCAUUACAAGCCAAUAAAAGGGCCUCUCAACCAGCCAAUCAGGAGCCAGUCUCCACCCCCAGAGGGAGUCGGCCAAUGAGAUCCUCCUUACAGAGGGACAGAGGAGGUGUGAAUGUGGCUCCUCCCCCCAAAGUUCUGGGAGGUGUUCCAGUUGUCCCAUAUGUGCCCGUCUAUCCUUCAACUCUUUACUUCUCCGGUCCUGUGACGUCACAGGCCUACUCACAACCCUUUAACAUCUCAGUCAGUCCUGUCAGAGAUGAGAGGCCAGGGGUCAGAGGUCAUCGCAGACGAUCGGUCUCUUUGGACCAUCAGCAGCACACUCUAGACAGCUCUCUGACCCGUGCCAUCACGGCAGCUAAAAACAUGAGAGAGGUCUCGCAUCGCAUGGCUCACUCUCUGACCUCAGGACUGCACAGCAGUAGCUUCCUCACCUCAUCCUGCACCUACUGACAUCAGCGUUUACAUCUGUUCAUUUAGCAGACGCUUUUAUCCAAAGCGACAUUUAUUCAUUUUUAUUAGUUUACAAAAACAACUGUUUUUCUCGUAGUGGUGUGACUGAUGCAGACAUGCAAUGCUGCAGUGGAAAAUGAUGGAAAAUGUGAGAUGUCUCAGGUGUGCUGUAGCUACUGUUAGAGCUGAUAGCUGCAUUAUGGCAGCUUAAACAUUCUAAGUUUGUACAUACAGUGACCCCUAAAAAUAUUAGACCAAUCUUAGGCCACACUUAAAGAUGUAUACAUUUUAGGUUUUAAAAAACCAUAAAUAUACUGUUCAAAAUGGAGUUUACAUUAGAACAUGUUUAUAGCUGUGAUGAAAUACACUAUGCUAGGGCACCUGUGUGAAUUUGAGGACUUCAUAUAUCCACUAAAAGCAUUUGUUUUGGAGAGUCAGUUGUCUGUUUUUUGUUACAUAAUGCCAAGACAUUAAUGCAUGUUUAAGUGUGGUUUAAAUGUCCAAAUACUUUUGGGUCCACUGUAGUACACCUUUUUCUGGAAAAUCCAAAUAAUGUAACAGAUUUAUAUGUACUUUCACAGUGUGAAGGUGAACCGGUUUUGUUUAUAAAUCUGUCAGUGACAGGUUUUUAAAUCUUCAUUUUUUUCUAAUAGGGAGAAAAUGGGUAUAGUGCUACUCUAGAGUUUUUAUUUAUAUUACCAUACUUUUGUGCUGUAUUUGUUUACUUAGAAUUUCCAAACGGCAUAACCUUUUUAAUGUAAAGGCAUGUGUGACAUGGUUUUCUACCCCACAGUCAAAAUAAGCAGUUUGAUUGAGUGGAGUAUAUAGAGUCCAGCAUACUUUAAGUCCUAGAAGAGUCUGUAGCAGCAUUGAGGUCAGUGUGAAAAGAACAGCAUGCAUUUCACGUUGUGGAAACAAAAACGGAUUAGUUAUUAGUGUAAGUUUUUAUAGGUUAUGCAAUAUUGAUUAUUU